GGAAAGGGAGCCAGACUGCGGUGGGGGCUGGGUAGUAAAAAGCAAAAGGAGUGACAAGGCUGCACUUCAACCCCUCUUUGCUUGCUUUUGCCUCUGCAAACUUCUGAGUCGCGACCUCCAGCACAGGUAUGUUCCUGUUAUCUCUGAUCUCUCCAGGACCUUUAUCAUGAAGAAGCUGUGGCAAAUGAAUAUAGGUAAACAAGAGACAUCAAAGGAUGUGGUACCAUAAGUUGUUGCACCUACAAAGCAGUCUCCAGAAUUUGAUGAAGAGAGGAUACACAGGUCAAGCUCUUCAACUGUCCAACUUCAAAAGUUUAUUUUCGUUAUCCAUCCAUUGGUGCCAUACAGCUUCCAAGUCUGUGAGUUGUACUUGGCACCAACAUGAAGAUCAUUUGGUUUCUGCUUUAUUGAGUUCAGCCCUCAAUUUGAUUAUUUUCUGGCAUCUACUCCUCCCAGAACUACAAUAUGCUAGCACUGUGAUGCGCUUUGAUUAUGUCUGGCUUCGAGACCACUGCCACUCAGCAUCAUGCUAUAAUUCUAAGACUCACCAGAGGAUCUUAGACACUGCCAGUGUGGAUUUAUGUAUCAAGCCAAAGACCAUUCGUCUGGAUGAAACCACACUAUUUUUUACUUGGCCAGAUGGUCAUGUGACUAGAUAUGAUCUGGAUUGGCUGGUGAAAAAUAGCUAUGAAGGGCAGAAACAAAAGGUUAUCCAACCUAGAAUAUUAUGGAAUGCUAAACUCUACCAGCAAGCCCAAGUUCCAUCUGUUGAUUUCCAGAGUUUCUUAAAAACAAGUGAUGAACUGAAGAAGUUUCUGCAGAACUUUCUACUAUAUGGAAUUGCAUUUGUAGAAAAUGUCCCUCCCAGUCAAGAGCACACAGAGAAGCUGGCAGAAAGGAUAAGUUUAAUCAGAGAAACCAUCUAUGGAAGAAUGUGGUAUUUCACUUCAGAUUUUUCCAGAGGUGAUACUGCAUACACCAAGCUAGCUCUAGAUCGGCACACUGACACUACCUACUUUCAAGAGCCCUGUGGCAUUCAAGUAUUUCAUUGUCUUAAGCAUGAAGGAACAGGUGGCAGGACACUGUUAGUAGAUGGAUUCUAUGCAGCACAACAAGUACUUCAAAAAGCACCUGAGGAAUUUGAACUCCUCAGCAAAGUACCAUUAAAGCAUGAAUAUAUUGAAAAUGUUGGAGAAUGUCAUAACCACAUGAUUGGGGUUGGACCAGUAUUAAAUAUCUACCCAUGGAAUAAAGAGCUCUAUUUGAUCAGGUACAACAACUAUGACCGGGCUGUCCUCAACACUGUGCCUUAUGAUGUUGUUCAUCGUUGGUAUACAGCACACCGAACCCUAACAACUGAAUUGAGAAGGCCUGAGAAUGAGCUUUGGGUCAAACUGAAGCCUGGGAAAGUACUAUUUAUAGACAAUUGGCGAGUCCUUCAUGGAAGGGAAUCAUUCACUGGUUACCGACAACUCUGUGGCUGCUAUUUAACAAGAGAUGAUGUAUUGAACACCGCUCGACUUUUGGGGCUUCAUGCUUAAAAUUGAAGGCACUGGAAUUAUGAGUACACUUGGCACCUUGCUACCAGAAUUUUGUAUCAACAGUACAAUAUUGUGUCAAAAUUUGUUUCACUUUGUCUCCUUUCCAUGCCAAAAAAAGAAGCUUUUCCUUAUUUUACUAGGAAGAACCUGUUAAAGAAAGAGGGCUUCUGAAUUACUUAACAUCAGCCAUCUAGUAGGGUAGCUGUCUUCCGAAGUUACUGUUUUCCUAAACUUUUUGAUGUGAUUAUAAUCAGUAUACUUAAGAUAUGCACUCUCGCCGGGCAGAGGUGGUGCACGCCUUUUAUCCCAGCACUCGGGAGGCAGAGGCAGGAGGAUCUCUGUGAGUUCGAGACCAGCCUGGUCUACAAGAGCUGGUUCCAGGACAGCCUCCAAAGCCACAGAGAAACCCUGUGUCAAAAAACCAAAAAAGAAAAGUACUCUCCAUAUUAAAAGGGAACCAAUAAUGUUAUGUGAUUUGUCUUCAUAUAAGUCAGAAUACAAUGCAUUCUAGAAUGACAAAAUAUUGAUAAAGCAACAUUUAUAAAAAUUUUCAUCUUUUAUAAUUCAUUUGACUAAUAAUAUGUGUUUACUUGUAUUUUGAAUAUAUCCUAUGAUAUUUUCCAGUUCCUUCCAAUUUCAUCAGAUGAUAGGAUGUUGCUUUUAUUUUUAAUGACUAAAUAGUAUUCCACUAUGCCGCAUUCUUAUUACCUGUUAAUGGAAAAAAAAGGUUGAUUCCUUAUUCUAGCUACUAUAGAUAAAUUAUUAACAAACAUGGGCAUGCAGAUAUGCAGUGAUACGAUACACAGGUUUAAUUUUCCUCUUAUAUGAAAUAUACCCCCAAAAAGAUAUAUGGAUAAUACAGUAGUUUUAUUUUUUUAACCACUAUGAAUGCUAUGUACUGUUUCCCAUAAUGAAUGCCCUAAUUUGCAUUUCCACCAAUGGUAUAAUAAACAUUCUUUUCAGUAUA